AGAGCAGGAAGUGGAGUGGGCUCUUGAUAAGGCCUUGGUGUUAUUCAAGUUGUUGGAGGAGAAAGAUGUACGAAAGAUAUUACAAGCAGCAUCGUGCCUGCAGGUUGCUCAGCAACAAGAGUGUCUCAGAGGACUCUGAGAAGAAUAUGAUCUCUAGGCUCAAGAUGCGUUUCCUACUGCUUUUCAGUCGUCAAGGGAAGAUCCGUCUGCAGAAGUGGUUCACACCCACAUCAGAUCGGGAGAAGAAGAAGAUUCUCAGGGAUAUGACCACUAUGGUGUUGGCACGGCAACCACGUUCUUGUAACGUCUUACAGUGGAAAGACCUGAAGAUUAUUUAUAAAAGGUAUGCGAGCUUGUAUUUCUGCUUGGCCAUAGAGAACCAGGAGAACGAGCUGUUAGCCCUGGAGGUUAUUCAUCGCUACGUGGAGCUGCUGGACAAAUACUUUGGCAAUGUUUGUGAACUGGACAUAAUCUUUAAUUUUGAGAAGGCCUAUUUUAUCCUCGAUGAAUUUCUUUUGGGAGGGGAAGUACAAGAAACCUCGAAACAGUCUGUUGCUCGUGCCAUCGACGCCGCCGACAUGUUACAGGAGGAUGACAACAGUGAUUGGUAUGAGGUGGAGCUGUUGGGAUGACCUUGAAUAUGGACAGACAGACCAUGGAGGAGUAUAUGAGCAAACCUGCUUUUUAACUCAUGGAACAGGGAAACGUCAUCCAGAGGACGACCUGAACAAAGUUAUCAUAUCUGAAUAUGAAUAUCAGAUUUUUAUUGUUCCCACUGAACACUUGAGAAAAAGAGGAAAAAAAAAAAACGUGUGUUCACCUUCUUCCUGAAGCAGUGUGAAUUCUAUUGGAACUUUAUUAGUCUUUUUAUGCACAAGUGAUGGAAGAGCAGAAAUAUUUUUGUACUGAUUGUUUCAGUUUAAAAAGUAGCAAUAUAGUAAUUGAUGAUCAGGGACAUGGCAAAUGUUCUGAAGUUGUGUAUAUUUAAAGUGUGUGGUUGUGUGUGUAUAUAAUAUAAUACAUACAGUGCUGUGUAGAAAUCGUAUCCUUAAAUUAAGAAAAGAUUGUAAAAUAAUAAAGUUUGUCAAAUAAUUUGCAAUAAAAUGCUGUAUUAAAGGUUGAAAGAUAUCUUAUUUGGCUGUCUGUUAAAACCACAUUAUUUUGGAUGAACUAUGCCAUGAUUUUAUAAGAACCUUGUUGAUCAGUUUCACAUUUGCUCCUGUUUCGGUUUUCGUUUAGUUAUGCAUCGGGCUGUAAACCUAUAAAGCAAUCAAGAUUUUAGUCAUCUGAAAAGAUUAGUCUUUCUUUAAAAUACUACUUCAAAAAAAAUAAGAUUUCUGUAACAUUACAGUUUUUUGAAAUUAUUUGAAAAUUUUAAAUUUGAUUUUUUUUUUUUGAUAACGAAUGCAAAAACAAAUGUUGUUUAUACAGAAACUGGCAUGCAUAAGACUUUUUACAGAGUACUGUAUAUGAAGUGUUUGAUUCAAGAACUUUGUAUUGACUGUGCAAAAAAUCUCCAUAAUACAAAAUAUUAAAUCACUUUGCUCUUAAAUACAUGUUUCAAAGCAAUUUAACAGCAUAUAUAUCACCUGUUACCAUUUUUGUGGGGCCAUGAGACUUUAAAAGAAGUAUGAAUUAUUUUUUUUAAGACAGUGUAUUUAUGUUUGAAUUUAAUAUUAAAGUACAGUAUGUGUUUUGGUAA